UAAGAAUCCUACGUUUAGUCGCGGCGGUGUAUGCCAGUCACUCUCCCGACACCGACAGUUUCAUCCUCUUCUCCUUCGUUCCGUUUAUUUAUUUUGGUGUCGACGAGAUCGACCGACACGUUCGAAAAUCAGUCGCUUUUCGAUCCGUUACCACGUGCAAUGCUCUUAUAAUAAGAUCGAAUUUUAUUCUAUUCUAUUCUAUUGUCCUCGGUUUCAGUGUCACGUGAUUGUUGUUAACGCACGUGUUCCCUUCGACACAUAAACGGCCCUCGUCACGUCAAAUUCGUGAUAUUUUCCGCGAGUGUUUUAUCGAGUUUAAUCAAUUAGAUAGUUGGUGACACGUUUCUCUGUUGUUUGCCAUCGUGCAUUGUACAGAAUCGGAUAGAAAAGAAAGAAAAGUAUAAUUUACGGUUCGGGAAUCGAUUCGAGGAUGACAAGAUGAUGCGUACCUCGGAGAAGACAAAUGGAAAUCUUUGGUGGAGUAUCAAACAAAAGUGUGGCUCUGUAACGGAGUUAACGUCUAAUUUUACGUCCGAAUGGCAGAUUGAAUCGUUUCGAGGGCAAGGCGGGAGCUUCGUUUCAAGCUGGAAUGAAAGAUUGAAUCGAACCCACUUUUCCCUUAUCGAAGCAAAGAAUAAUCGAUAUGGAAACAUCCAACGAAGAUACGAGCGAUUUGCACGAUUUCUGGAAGAAUUGGGACCUGAGAAAUCUGUCGGAAACCGAGUACUUAACCAAGGUACUCGGGCCCAAAUAUCUUCCCAUGAGGAUGGUAAUACCCCUCACGAUAGUUUAUGUGGUGAUAUUCGUCACUGGGAUUUUCGGGAACGUCACCACGUGCACCGUCAUCAUCAGAAAUCCAUCGAUGCAAACCGCCACCAAUUACUACUUGUUCAGUCUGGCUAUAUCCGAUCUUACUCUACUCGUGCUGGGAUUGCCGAACGAGCUGAGCGUGUUCUGGCAACAGUAUCCGUGGGCUUUAGGAGUCGGGCUUUGCAAGAUAAGAGCAUACGUAUCAGAAAUGUCGUCGUACGUGUCGGUCCUCACUAUAGUGGCCUUCUCCAUGGAAAGAUAUUUGGCCAUUUGUCAUCCGCUUCGCGUUUACGCGAUAAGCGGUCUUAAACGACCGAUACGUUUCAUCUUGGCUGCGUGGUCGAUAGCGCUAGUUUCCGCGAUACCGUUCGCGAUUUACACGAAAGUCAACUUGGUCGAGUACCCGCCAGGUUCGGACAAUUAUUCGGCCGAUUCGGCGAUUUGUGCGAUGCUCCUACCGUACAUGCCCAACUUUCCCCUCUACGAGCUGAGCAGUAUCAUAUUUUUUUUUAUACCAAUGCUGGUGAUUUUGGUGGUCUACUCAAGGAUAGGUUGGAAGAUAAGAAACAGUACACGGGACACGCUGCAUUCGGUAGCGCACGGCGGCGCGAUUCAUGGAGACUCGAGACAGAUGCAAUCCCGAAAGUCCGUUAUCAGAAUGUUGAGCGCCGUAGUUAUUUUGUUCUUCGUUUGCUGGGCUCCGUUUCACGCGCAACGCUUGCUUUACGUUUACGCUCAAGAGUCCGAUUAUUAUCCCGACUUGAACGAGUGGCUGUACAUUCUGAGCGGAUGUCUCUAUUACUUCAGUACAACAGUCAAUCCUAUUUUAUAUAAUUUAAUGAGCGCAAAGUAUCGGCAUGCAUUCAGACAAAUGCUUUGCUGUAAGACAAGGAGGAAAACAACCGGGAGGAGCUGGACCACUAGACGGUCGCAGAUACGCGAAAACCAUCCCAACGGAAAGUCGCGUAGCACAAAUUUUCAACGUUCCGUGAGGUAUACCAUCAGUCAAGCGAAAGAAAUGUUUCGAUUCACCGCAAGCAGAGACAAUGUGAGCAAAGACGGGAACACGAACGAUAACGUUCCUCGUAAAUCUUACGCGUUGAAGAAAGUAGACUCCACGUCCAGACCUCUUCUCGAUCGAAUGCACUCCAUCGCACCGGAACAAACGACCAACACAUCUUCCACAUUUGAAAGGAAUACGAACGAACCCGUAUCUACGACUAGUAGUAUUUUAUGAUCUACUCAAACUGUACAUUUUCACCAAUUAAAAUUAUUUAACCGAUGUUCGUUACACGAUACUUGUAAAUAAUAGCUGUAAAUUAAUCGAUCGUAUCGUUAUUUAUUCUUUGACAAUCUAUCGCACUAGUCGUAUCAUUUUUAAGUAAAUAUUUAUCCAAUCUUACUAGAUAGUAAUGUUUCGUGUAAUUAAUGAAGGUUUCGUUGAUAUACCGAAAAACGUUUCGAACUUCCAUUAGUUAAUUAGCUUAUUCGGCGGUCAUUUUUAUACACGUUAUUUUACUCGAUCACGUUGCAUCUCGUGUAAAGUUUCACGACUACGUAUGUAUAUGUAUACUAUGUAUUUAUAUGUAUAGUAUAUGUGUACGGUAGUUAGGUACUGCACGAAUAUGGUAAAGUUCGAGGCAUUCGAGAAUAUUAUUUUUGUAGAAUAUCUGUACAAAAUAAAGGAGAUCGAUUGUUUAAGUAA